UAACCUUCCACCUCCUCAUCACACACAAACACACACAAACACACACAAACACACAGACUGACAACAAACCCUUUCAAAAACCUCUCCUUCAAAUCCCAAAUUCAGUUCAAUUCAAUCUCAUUUCAAUUACAUCUUGAUUUCUUCAAUCUUUCAAUCGCAAAUUCCUCAAGUCAAAACGCAUUUGGACAGAAUUUAUCUAUAAAUAGGCACAUACAUUUCAAUUGCGUCUCGAGUCAAUUGAAUUUGAAUUCAAGAGUAAUGUCAAGUAAGGGAGGGUAUACGGCGGCGCCGCCGAGGCAGGGCGCUGACAGGUUUUACAACCCGCCAGCGGUUCGGCGUCACCAGGAAAUACUUUUACAGCAGCAGCAAAUGAUGCAGAGGCAGCUGCUCCAGCAACAGCAGCAGAAACAGCAGCAGCAGCAGCAGCAGCAGCAGCAACAACGCCAACUACAGAGCAGGGCAACGGUGAUGCCGGAAUCUUCCUCCGCUGUGGAGGCGAAGAAGCGGAAUGAUGCUGAUGAAUUAUCAACAAUGGUGACAUUGUCUGUAUCGCCUUCUGUUAACCCUGCUUCGACUUUGAAUGUUACUAACUUAGAUCGUUUGAUGGAAUCUGUUACCCCAUUCAUCCAGGCGCGGUAUUUGUCGGAGGUAAAUGCAAGGGGAUGGAGAACGCGGGAAGUGGAUUCGCAUCCUUUCUUUUACUUGGAGGAUCUAUGGGAAUCUUUUAGCGAGUGGAGUGUGUAUGGAGCCGGAGUACCUUUAUUGUUAAAUGGGAAAGACCCAAUUGAACAAUAUUAUGUUCCGUUUUUGUCAGGCAUGCAGUUGUACAUUGAUCCAUCAAAGCCUUCUUCUCGAGUUAGAGGACCCACUGAGGAGGGUGAUGCCGAGUUGUAUAGAUUGACAAGUAGUGCUAGUAGCAGCGAUUCCGAAGGAGAUAGAAGAGCUAAAUCCAUUUUGAAUUCAAACAUGCAGCGACUGGAUAGGAUCUCACUGGGAGAUAAAUCUGUUAUAAGUUCAGCUAGUUCUGAAGCUGAUCAUGCUAAUUCACCUGGAUUACCUUUGUUUCAAUUUCUGGAACAUGAACAACCGUAUAACCGCAGACCAUUAGCUGAUAAGAUAUCAUUACUUGCAUCCCAAUGUCCCGAACUGAGCAAGUUCAAGAGCUGUGAUCUACUUCCAACAAGUUGGAUUUGUGUAGCUUGGUAUCCGAUUUAUAGGAUUCCUAUAGGCCCAACACUACAAGAUCUGGAUGCAUCUUUUUUGACAUUUCAUUCCUUGUCAACACAAUCUAGAGGUGACCGCCCCCCUCAGUUUCAUGCUGCAAAUACUAGAACAGUCCGCGGCUUUACUGAUCCAACUCCAAAGAUUUCAUUACCAGUCUUUGCCCUUGCUUCAUACAAGCUGAAAGGAUCAAUUGUAAGUCCUUGUGGGCCCCAUGAAUGCGAGCAAGAGAACUCUCUUCUGCAAGCCGCGGAAAAUUGGCUUAGAUGUUUGCAGGUUAUUCUACCUGAUUACCAGUUUUUCCGUGCUCACUACUCUCACCGAAGAUGAUGGGAACGAAGUGCCCGUUUUGACAUAAAAAAAAGUUUUGGAACUAGUGCUUUAGAAAUUCCAUUCCAUCGACACCGGAUACCCUGGUAAAAAUUGUUGUGCAGUGUUGUUUAAGCUUUCCCAGUGUAUUAGUAUGUAAAAAAAUUCCUUGAAAAAGCAUGAUUCCCUACAGAAUAGGAUAUAAUGAUGAGGUGGGUUCCUUUUGCAUAGAUGAUACAAUUGACAGUGUGUUAGUUUACAUGGGAAUGUGGGUCAUAUAUUAGUAGUAUAUUAGUUGAGUGACUGACUAUGGCAAGUCGGUAAUUAGCGACCCCGAAUGUCCGCGAUGGCGACGAAUACUUCAAACAUCUGUAAUCUGUACUUUUAGAAUGGAUAUAUAACUCAAACUUAUAUAUAUAGAGCUUUAUAAUUCCUUCUUGGAAGAAUA